AGGUUUCAUGUGGAUUAUUUGUACGGUGAAGGUGAUGGCUUUGUUGAUGUGUUUGAGAGAGAAGGGUCAGGGGUUUUCAUCGAUGCACCCACUGCAUAAGAGAUGAUCCAUGAAUAUAAAAUCAAGAAUAUGGGCCACUUCCCAAUUCUCUCUCACAGAGCAUUCCUUGUUUAUAAAAUCUCUCCCCCUCUCUCUCUCUCUUCGAACCAGAGAAAGGAUCUUCGCUUUCCGACAAAUGGCUGCUACUACUACAUUGUACAAGUCUUCUUCAUGUCUCAAGUCCGGUUCCACCACCAGUCGCUUAAACCCAUCUUCUCUCGUCAAGCCCUGUCCGAAUCCGACCAUGAUUAGGAGUUUCGGUUCUGGGGAAGAGUCGGAGACAUGUGGUUAGGAAAGCUUCGAUCGAAAUGUCGCAAUCGAACUCGACACCUUCUUCGGUUGUUGUCAAUUCAUCAAGUAAGCAGCAAAAGGGUCCCAUCAUCGUGAUUGAUAACUACGACAGCUUCACCUACAAUCUCUGCCAGUGUCCUUGGAGAAAGUCAACGUUGCUUUUGUCUUUGGUGAGAAGGAUUUUGCCGAUGUUGUCGCCUUACCAAAGCGCAAUAUGGUUCGUGAUUUUUUCAACAGCAUUUCAGGAGUUAGUGAAAUGAAGAUAUCUUUGUAUACUAUAGAGUUUCUUGAUAAUAACAACAGGGUAUACCCGUCAUACGACCCAUUGCCUCAGUUUUGCAACGUCUCCACCUUAAAAGUGACGUUUUCUGUAUCAAAUCUGGAUAGGAUGAUGCCAACCCUUCUCGAGAGCUUUCCGAAACUUAAAUCGCUCGUCUUAAAGCUGGAUUAUGAUCCUUCGAGGAAGAGAGCAGUACAUGUAAGAUUCUCAUCUGUACCUCCGUGUUUGCUGUCAUCACCAGAAUUUGUAAAGAUAAAGUGUUUCAUCGGAGGGCAUGUUCACAUGGAAGUAGCUAGGUACUUUUUAGAGAACUCACAAGUCCUGAAGAAACUUGUUCUGGAUUUUAAAUGUUCAGUAUUUGAACAAGGGUUUUACAUGUUGAGGGAUCUCCUUGCAUUGCCCAGGAGAUCUAGCUCGUGUGAAAUCCUACUUUGUUGAUGGCUAGAAUGGUGUAAUGAUCAGAUGGAGAAUAGUAGAAUUUAUGUUGGUUUGUUAGACUAAAUUUGGAUUUUGAUUUAUCUUUUUUUUUCUGUAGAAUUCUGUUGUGAUGUCGUUUUGUGUGGAUGUUGAUUGAGAAUUCUAUAACUUCUAAACU